UUCAGCUUAAGAGACUCCAGGAUAAGUUAGACCAUCCAGCCGCUUGCAAGCUCCGGUAUAACACGGCUUUUCUGCGGCGAAAUGCGCAUGAGCAGCUAGGGCAGAUUUAAGGACUGCCCUCAGAUGUUAGCCGCUGUGCUGUAGCAGCAGUCGUUGUGCUGAAAAAUUUGGAAUGGUUUUGAGUCGACUGAAAAUAAGCUCCCACUCCAGUCUGUCAGCUGCCUGCUUUCAGCGUAACUUGACCAGUGACUACUCAGAAGAUGCAAACAUGACAAGGUGCUCUCUCUUGGUUUUGCAGGAUCUGAACACUCCAAAUUCAGAAAUGAUUUUGCAACUAACAUCUUAUUGGACAUCCCUGGUGCCACUUGUGAUUUUUGGUCUGCUUCUGCAGCCACCACUGACACAGCUUUCCAUCGUCACACAGCCCAACAUUGUUCUGUUGAUGGCUGAUGACCUCGGCAUAGGGGAUGUAGGAUGCUAUGGGAAUGAUACUAUCAGGACUCCAAACAUUGACCGCCUGGCAAAGGAAGGAGUGAAACUGACCCAACACAUCGCUGCGGCUCCACUUUGCACCCCCAGCAGAGCAGCUUUCCUCACUGGCAGAUAUCCCCUCCGAUCAGGGAUGGAUGCUAUAAACAAUUACCGUGUUAUUUUUUGGAAUGGCGGCUCAGGAGGGCUUCCUCCAAACGAAACCACUUUUGCCAAAAUACUGCAGAGGCAAGGCUACUCCACAGGACUGAUAGGGAAGUGGCAUCAAGGUGUUAACUGUGAAUCCCGCAACGACCAUUGUCAUCAUCCUUUAAACCACGGGUUUGACUAUUUUUAUGGGAUGCCUUUUACGCUAAUAAGUGACUGCCAACCAACGGAAACACCAGAGAUGGACAGAGCCUUUAGAAGGAAACUCUGGCUUUCCACUCAGAUGAUUGGCCUCGUCACACUCACCGCUGCCCUGGGAAGACUGACGGGCUUGAUUUCAGUCAGCUGGAAAACGCUGACCUGCCUUGCUGGGUUUAGUCUCCUGUUUUUCGUAUCCUGGUUCUCAAGUUAUGGGUUUGUACGAUACUGGAACUGCAUUAUGAUGAGAAACCACGAAGUUACUGAGCAGCCAAUGGUGACAGACAGGACUACAUCCCUUAUCUUGAGAGAGUCCAUUUCAUUUAUUGAAAGAAAUAAGCACAGGCCAUUCCUCCUCUUUCUUUCCUUUUUACACUCCCACACCCCUCUCCUCACCACAGAGAAGUUUCUUGGGAAGAGCAGCCAUGGUUUAUAUGGAGACAACGUAGAAGAGAUGGACUGGAUGGUGGGCCAGGUCCUACAUGCUAUUGACAAGGAAGGCUUGAAAAAUACUACACUAGUUUACUUUGCCUCUGAUCAUGGUGGAUGGCUGGAAAGACAUGAAGGCAAAAGGCAGCUGGGUGGCUGGAAUGGAAUAUACAGAGGUGGAAAAGCUAUGGCAGGCUGGGAAGGAGGAAUCCGUGUCCCUGGGAUAUUUAGGUGGCCAGGAGUGUUACCGGCAGGCACAGUUAUCAAUGAACCUACAAGCCUUAUGGACAUUUAUCCUACAGUAGUUCAUCUGGCUGGAGGGGUACUACCCCAGGACAGGGUAAUUGAUGGCCGGGAUCUGAUGCCUUUACUGCGAGGCACAGCUGAGCACUCAGAGCACGAGUUCCUGUUUCACUACUGUGGCAUUCACUUACAUGCUGUGCGGUGGCACCAGAAGGACAGUGGAGCCAUCUGGAAGGCUCAUUAUGUGACCCCCAUCUUCCGUCCUCUUGGAGCUGGGGGUUGUUAUGAUAGAGGAUUUUGCCCAUGUUUUGGGGAAGGUGUGACCCAUCAUGACCCUCCGUUGCUGUUUGAUCUCUCACGAGACCCUUCUGAAGCCAAACCUCUGACGGCUGACACCGAGCCCCUCUUUGACACUGUAGUAAGGAAGAUUGGAAGAGCCAUAGAAGAGCAUCGCAGGACACUGACUCCAGUCCCAGAGCAGCUCUCCUUGUACAACAUCAUGUGGAAGCCGUGGCUGCAGCCGUGCUGUGGGACCUUCCCAUUCUGUUGGUGUGAUAAGGAAGGUGAUAAUAAACUUGCCGACCGAUAAAGGAAGGAACCAAAGUUACUUCCUCAAAAGUGUUUUUAGAUUGAGUGUUUUCAAUGGGGGUGUUGAUUGAUGGAUUGUUUGCUUGCUGCUUGCUUGUUUGUUUUAAUGGAGCCUUUAUAUGAGAAUUGUUCCAAUGAAUGGCACAGUAUUCUGUAAAGGUGACUUUAGGCUGGACACUCUCAGGGAGCGACCAAGACAGAAUGACCUGAAGAGCAUGUUUAAAGUCGCAUCUGUUGACAACUGCAUGAAUAGUUCAAAUGCACUGAGGCAGGCCAAGGUUAGAGCUGUGCUAAUAAUGAUAUAACUUAUAUUUUGUUGUUUAUGAAUGUAUACAUAGAAGCUUUGCCUUGUGUUCUGAAUUUCUACGCAAUUUGUGGACUGUCGUCUCCCUUAAUUUUGUUAUCCUUUCUGGUGAUGCAUAAGGUGCUGCUAUAAAAAAUUUUUGCAGACUACUGCCUCCAAAAUAAUUCCAAAACAAUUUUGCCCACAGGUCCUCACAGAAUCUCCUUUAAAAGUUGCUUCCUUCCUCCCUUGUAGCUGAUCCCUCCAGCAGCAGGGAUGAUGGCAGCUGGUUAGCCUGGGGCUUCUGCAUCAGAAGAAAUUGCCCAGGUGAGGCAUAAAGCUUGGAAACGUGAUAAGCUGGGUAACAGCUGUCUGCGCUUUCUGAGCAGGAUGGGAUUCUUCCGAUUGGUGUCAGCCUCUUUUGAAGGAGAACAGAAAAGGGAAAGGAUUUUCCCUUCCCAAAGCUCCCAUCGCGCCCAGCUCCCUAAGCAGCACUGGCAAGGGCAGAGUGGCAUUGAUGGUCACAGAAGUGCCACAGUGACAAACAGUUCAGUCAUUUGGGCACAGGAUUGCACAGGUUACCUUGCUGCCCGUAUCUCAGUCAUAACUAGUUCCUGAUAACAAGUAGUAUGUUCGGAAAAGACUCUUUGAAAGAUGCCCAAUAUGAAUUAUGAAAAAAAGAGAAACUCUAAUUUGCUAUUUAAAAAAAAGAAAUGCAGAUUUAAGGUAUUUUUUGCAUCACAAGUUAAAUUUUCAUCCCACUGAACAGACAGAUUUACUUAGAUCUAUCUCCUUUGCUGCUGUAAAUUCAGUUCUUUCUUUCUUUUUGUUGAAGCAGUCAUUCCCAUUAAAGUGCCCUUGCAGGUAAUGCUUUGCAUUGUAGGCUACAAUGUGUAUCUGUUCAUGUAGACUACUUUACACUGGUAUGUCUGAAUAUGUAGGCAUCUGAGAACAUAAUUUGCCCUUUCAAAUUAUUUCAUAUUUUUUUUACUAUUUUUCUAACUGUCGUGCUAAGACCCAUUUCAAUUUUUCACCUCCUUUUGAUAAAUGUUUGGUUUAUUUUGGUUUUAUUUUCCUCCUUGUUUCCCACAAUUCAGCCACCAGGAAAUCGGCAGGUAAAUAAAGCCCUACAGCUUAAAAGCAAACUGUUAUUAAAUGCUGUGACCUCGUGCAUUUCAGAGACUAUUAUAACUCACCCAUGUGCUCCAUCAGUGCUAUUGAUGAGAAAGGCACUCAGUCUUACUGUGAAAACUUCAAGUGAUGAAGUGAAUCCAUCACUUCACAUGUACUGGACUGUUGCUUCAUUUCCUCCAUUGUUAAGAGUGUUUGCUGUAUUUCUCAUUUGAAUGUAUUCUGUUUCACUGGUUCUUUCUUGACUAAACUUAAAGGUCUUUUCAUAUUCAAUAUGCAGUGUUUUCUUUACAUGAAAUUACUGUAACAGGACUGGCAUUUUUCAAAUUUCUCUGUCUUUUUCCAAGAUCUCACUUCCGUUCUCAAGCCAGUUUAGCAUCUGGGAUUUUACAUCCUCUCAAUUUUUCAACACCGUUAAAAAUAUGUGGGUAUAAUACCUGUUCAUAUGAUUGAACCAGUUUUUCUUGCACAGAAAUACUCCAUAGCACUGCAGGGUAUUCAUUUGGAGCUAGAGGGUACAAGGAGACAUCUGAGCUAGAAUUUGUCCUGGACACUGGGGUUUGUCCAUGAAAGCACAAAU